AUGAGGUUAGAUGAAAACAAGAUUUGGGUAGACGGAUGUUUUGAUUUCAUGCAUCAUGGUCACUGCGGUGCACUUUUGCAAGCAAGACGCGCAGCAUCAAAUCCCACACAAUCACAGUUGUUAGUUGGGAUCCAUACAGAUGAGCAAAUCACUAUUAAUAAGGGACCACCAGUCAUGCACACUUUGGAAAGAUAUGCUCAUGCUAGGGCAUUGAGAUGGUGUACACAGGUUAUCGAGAAUGCACCAUAUGUGACCCAACCAGAAUGGUUAGACAAAUAUGGAUGCGUAUAUGUAGUUCAUGGUGAUGACAUUACUACAGAUGCAAAUGGCGAGGACUGUUAUCAAGAGAUGAAGGAUUUAAAUAGAUUUAAAAUGGUGAAAAGGACAUAUGGUGUAAGCACAACAGAUAUCAUUCAAAGAAUCUUAACUGGGGAAAACAAUCAUGAAUCAUAUAAAAUCAAUGGGUUAUAUUAUCCCACUAUCAAAGAAUUGAGCUUUUAUUCACAUGGAAUUAAUGGGAUUGAUAAUUAUUGUAAUGUUUGGGAAAAAUCUUUCAAGAAUUAUUUGGUGAAAGGCUUAGAGAUCAAUGAUUUCAACUCAUGUGUGUUAGUUAUGGGUGUGUUUGAUUUAUUUCAUAUAGGCCAUAUUGAACAAUUACAUAACAUUCAUGAUAAAUAUCCAGAUUGUAAGAUUAUUAUUAGUUUAAUGGAGCCACAGGAUAGAAAUAAAGAGUUUUGUAUUAUGACGUUAAAAGAAAGAGCACUAAGUAUACUAAGUUGUAAAUAUGUGGAUGGAUUAAUAUUGACACCUAGUGAUGAUUUGGAUGCUUUCAGAAAAAUGUUCAAAUUUGUUACUUACAUUGACAAUCCAGAUUUUAUUUCUGGAACUGGAUCUUUCAGCCAAUACUUAAAUAAACAAGUCAUAAUUGAUAGAAUCCAAGAACAAAGAAAUUUAUAUGUGGCAAGAAAUAAAAGUAAAGGUAUGGUCAUAACAUAA